GUCCUGUCCAAUCUGUGCUCCACACGGACACUGUAACUCGGGAGUGGAUGGCGACGGACGAUGCAUUUGUGACAUUGGAUGGUCCGAUUCGAACAACUGCGUGGGCUGUAUGAAUGGUUACUACGGCGAGACUUGCGUGGCGUGUCGUAAAUGUGGUGAGGGACGUUGUGACGAUGGACUGCACGGCUCAGGCAAGUGUAAUUGCCACCGUGGCUGGAAUUCUCUCACUGACUGCUACGACUGCGAGGAAGGCUACUUCGGAGAAGAUUGCCAAUCCUGUCCUCGCGACUGCGGACAUGGCACUUGCUCCAGUGGACUGAACGGGACGGGAGAAUGCAUGUGUUAUGCGGGUUGGAGACUCGAAGGGAAGAUGCCGUGCACCACUUGCGCUGAUGGGUACAUCGGUCCAACUUGCCAGUUGUGUCCUGGUUACUUGGAAAGCGAAGUGGCUUGCAAUGGGCAUGGCCAAUGCGUCAUGUCUGGCACUGAAGCUGUAUGCCACUGCGAUGCACGUUAUGGAGGGGAUGGCUGUGAGUCGUACGAUUUCCCGUUUGUAAUGGUGGCCAUUCUGGGCACUAUUGCGCUGUCGACGCUGGGUUUCUGCAUGUGCACUAUGCGUCGCUUAGCUCGCCAGCCUCACGCAUUGCAGGGCCCGUUCCUGAACCGUGGGCACAGUUUCUCGCAAUCUGAGUACGUGGAAAUCUCCGACAUGGCAGAUCUCGAGUACUUCGUGUCCAAUGACAGCCGGGAUUGGCUUAUCCCAUUCGAUUCGCUUUCUUUACAGUGCGAGGUGGGCAACGGAACUUCAGGUCAAGUGUUCCGUAGCUUGUUACACAGUGGCGGAGGUAGCUCGGUGGUAGCCGUCAAGCGGUUGUACAGUCCCGUUACGGGCCAAGAGUAUUUUCAGAGCUUCUUUCGCCGUGAAGUCAGCAUUUUGAGUCGCUUGCAUCACCCGAAUGUCGUGCGGUUCUACGGUGUGAGCUACUACAAUCGCGUGCUGUACAUUGUGACGGACUUUUGCCCGAAAUCACUCAGUGGACUGAUAGAGAACCCAGCAGCCAAAGGGCCUCUGGAGGAGGCUGUCUUCAUGAAGGUGAUCAACCAGAUCGUUAGCGGCAUGGGCUUUCUACACAGCCGCAACGUGGUACAUCGUGACCUGAAGCCAGCCAACGUCCUCAUUUCGGAGACAGACGACGUCAAUAUCUGCGACUUUGGUCUUUCUCGCCUCAUCGAGCCUGAUGCCACGACCAUGACUGCUGAGGUUGGCACGCCAAGUUACAUGGCACCGGAAAUGGCAACAAUGGGCGGCAUCCAAUGCUCCACGAAGGGUGACGUGUACUCAUUCGGCAUCCUGCUGUACUCCACUUGGUCCCGCAGUAAACCUUACGGCGACCAAGGCAUGAACCCAUUCCAACUAAUGACGGCAGUGGUAAAUGGACUUCGUCCAGUGAUUCCAAUCAGCUGUCCGCCGGCACUGGCGCGCCUCAUGCGGUCGUGCUGGCAUCAAAACCCGGAUAUGCGUCCGUCAUUUCCGGAGAUCAGCCAGAUCCUGAAGGACCAGUGGUUAUUGUCCAUGUAUACAGAGGAGGAAGAGUACUACUACCCGGAAUCUCCCGGGCGCGUCCAGCUUAUGUCGGCUUCCUCGUCCGUGUCCACGAUCCCCACCGGAGGUAUUGGCCACGGCCGCGGCAGUAAGGAGAACGUUAACGCCAUGUCGUCGUUCGCGUCGCCUCGCCAUGGCGAUGGGUAUGGGACCUACCAGACAGCAGAAGAAGAUGUAGACCCUCGAGAAAACGAUCGGCUUUUGGAUGAAGAAAAGCGGCCACGAUAG